AUGUGUUUAAAUACCAGCUAUUUAUACAAUAAAGAUAAUCGGGAUAGUGAAUUUACUCAACAAUUUGUACGUUUAUGUAAAUUAUUACCUCAAAUGACAAAUGUCAAACCAACAUCAUCAUCAUCAUCAUCAUCGUCGUCGUCUAUGCAAACAAUCGGUAAUAAAACUGAUAUUCUAAAUUUACUACGAUUUUAUAAACAAACUAAUAAACAAUGGUUACAACCAAAGAAAUCCAUCGAAUUGAAUACAAAUUUACAUGUUGGUCUACAUGAUUCAUUAGUUCAUUUAAUUCAUAAUGAUGAUGAUAAUAAUGAUUAUGCCGACAUAACUAGUGCAACAACAUUUAAUGAAGCUAUUUUCAAAGCAUCUAUUGAAUGUUAAAAUGCUGAUACACUACCUAAGCAUCGUCAACUUUACUGGAUUGAAUUAUUUGAAAGAGUAUGAGGAAGGCAGUAAAGGAAAAUCAAUUUAAAGGAGAAAAUAAAGUUUAACUAAAAUCAUACAUCUAAAGAUACUACUUAUUUACUUAUUAUCAAAUGAACAUACUAUGAUAUUUACAAACAUGUAAAUAACAUUUAAUGCUGUAUUCUAUUUAUCAUAGUUCUUGUUUCUAUAAAAAGAUUAUGAAAAGA